AAUACUACCCAAAUCCAGCUCAAAAAGUUAAACACCCAAUUGACUACCUCCAGCUGUCGCACUCGCAGACGCGCUGGCUCGCGCACAACGAUCUCCGUGCGCCCUCCCUCCCGUCUCUCUCUAUAUAUAAUCCCCCUUUCCAUCCACCGGCCGCCGCCCCAAAAUUAACAACUCCCCAAAGGGGUUCCCAUCAAAACCAAAUUUCCACCGUCUGCCUCCUCUGCUCUUCGCUUCGUUUCGUUCGAUUGAGCCCGGAGUCCGGAAGGAGGGAGGGAGAUGCCGGCGGCGGCAAUGGCGGUGAAGGUGAUUUGCGGCGCGGAGGAGUCGCGGGUGGUGGGGACGGGGAAGGCGCCGGGGGCGUGCCCGUGCUGCGGGGGCCCCGUGGUGGCCACGGACGUGGAGAGCGAGCGCCGCAUCCUCUUCUGCCUCCCGCUCUGCCUCAAGAACAAGCGCAAGUACUCCUGCUCCCGCUGCCUCCGCCGCCUCGUCACCCUCUUCACCUAGCCCCAGGCCCCAGUCAAUGGCCGGAUCCAUAAGCCAAGUUCGAGUUCCUUGAUUAUUCUCUUUCUUCUGUUCUCUGCUUGCCGUGGCUAAGGCUAAUGAUGAAUCAAACCUAGCCUUGGGGAUGCCUUCUUCUUCUACAGUACUCCUAGUUUAAUUCAAGGGAGAGUAGUACUCUCCAUUAGCUAGCAGCUAGCAGAGCAAUUAGUUGCAGGGUAGGAGUAUAAGUAUUAUAUUAGGAAGGAUAUAUAUGGUCUGAUUUGAGGCCGACGGUCAGCGGAGGUGCCCGCGCAUGUGCAUCACGUGAAGCUGACACUCUGUUUUCGGGUGUAUACGUACGCACCUACGUAAGUACCUCAGCUGGUGUUGUAAUCUCCGUAUAAUCUCUAAAUUAAUGGUCCCGGAGGGAAGGCUAAUUGGCGUUCCUUAAUGCACAAGAAGAGUCUUGGAAUUGUCUUGCGAACGUGGCAAUGGAUUGAUUAUUUAGCGGC